UACCUACACAACACAACCUUAGCUUUUGGUUUCAUUCCAAGUUUCAAACUUUCUGAAAAAUUUGAGUUUUGUUGUCAAAGAUUUGCAGUACCCACAAACCCAACUGCGCAAAAAAUGAAAUUGUAGAAGCAUAUUUGUAAAACAUGAAAGGGUUAGGUCCUCAUACACCUUUGGUUACUAGGGGGAAGCCUCCUCCUUUGUUGGCAGUUGUGGAUGCAUUACCAUUACCAUGCUGUACUUAUUCCCCUAGAACCACCAUCUUAUCCCCAUUUAGAUGCAGACAGAAAUCGAGGUUGAGCUUUGCCCGUGGUACAAUUCAAGCCCAAGCAUCUAAUGUUAGCAUUGAACCUGGAGAUUAUGGAAGCAAUAAUGAGAAAGACAGCCAGAAUGUCUUUGGAAGAAGUCCUAUCAAUGACAGUUCAUCUAAAAUUGUUCAACCUCCUAAUCGGAUACCUUAUCCUAUCUCUAUAGCUUUGGUGGUGUUUGGAUGUGCUCUUGUGUUUUCACUGAUAGCCUUUUUGAAAGGGGGACCUUCAUCAAUUCUAGCAGCAAUUGCAAAAUCAGGGUUUACUGCUGCAUUUACAUUAAUAUUUGUUUCUGAGAUUGGGGACAAGACAUUCUUUAUUGCUGCACUCUUGGCAAUGCAAUAUGAGAAGGGAUUGGUCCUAUUGGGGUCAAUGGGUGCUCUUGCACUCAUGUCAGUCCUAUCAGUUGUAAUUGGGCGAAUCUUUCAAUCAGUGCCUGCACAGUUCCAGACAACAUUGCCAAUUGGAGAAUAUGCAGCCGUAACUCUUCUUUUGUUUUUCGGCCUAAAGUCAAUAAAAGAUGCGUGGGUUCUUCCAUCCGAUGUGGCUAAGAAUGGUGAUAACAGUAGUCCUGAACUUGAUGAACUUGCUGAAGCAGAGGAGCUUGUGAAAGAAAAGAUGUCCAAACGGCUCUCAAAUCCACUUGAGAUUAUCUGGAAAUCAUUCAGCCUUGUAUUUUUUGCUGAAUGGGGAGAUCGCUCAAUGCUUGCGACGAUUGCGCUCGGGGCUGCUCAGUCUCCUUGGGGUGUGGCAAGUGGAGCCAUUGCUGGUCACCUACUUGCAACCUCUAUUGCCAUUCUUGGAGGAGCAUUCCUUGCUAAUUACAUUUCUGAAAAACUGGUUGGCUACUUGGGUGGAGGGCUGUUUUUAAUUUUUGCUAUAGCCACCUUUUUUGGGGUAUUCUGAUUUAUUGUUGCCUGGCCCUACUCCUUUUUGUGUGCAAAAUAUCACUGAUGGAGAUAAAAGGAAGGGCACAUAUGCUCAAACACAUAACGAAUGCCAGAGUAAAGAGAAGAAUUAAUGAUUCAACUCUGUUGAAGAUUUCCUUGAGUAGACAUUAGGAGCAAAUUGCACACAUGGUUUGAGAAUAAGAAGGCUUGAAAUCUGCCAUUGGAGUUAGGAUAUGAAGAGAAACUAGCAUCUUUCUCUUGAGAUUUACUUUUGUAAUGUGUGCUUAUUGUAUUAAUAAAACUACAUUUAAAGAAGCUGAUCUAUCAAACAACUCAGCCGUUGUUAGAAAUGUAAGUAUGGAAACUUCUCAACUUCAAGCAACUUUACUUCAAUGACUUGUUCCACAAUUUGUAGCCAGAUGCUAUAUCUACAAUAUUAAUGGUGUCU